GGCAUAUACUAGCCAAGAAUGGGCAAGGCACUAUUCUUGUUCGCGGCUGUGAUGGCAAUGGCCUUGGGGCAAGGUAAAGGCAUCCCCUUCAGUGAGGAGGAUCUCGCGACGGAGGAGAACCUAUGGAACUUGUAUGAGAGAUGGCAGAGUCACCAUGGUGUGGCUCGAAGCCACUACGAGAAGCACUUGCGCUUCGAUGUCUUCAAGGAGAAUGCCAAGUAUAUACAUGAGUCCAACAAGAUGGAGAAGGGCUAUACCCUGAGCUUAAAUAAGUUUGGAGACAUGACAAGGGACGAGUUCAGGAGUACCUAUACUGGAUCGAGGAUUGACCGCCAUAGCUUGUUCAGAGAAAGCAGAACGGGCAAGGGGAGCUUCAUGUAUGAGAAUGUAACUGACCUCCCCAGUGCCGUUGAUUGGAGGCAGAAGGGCGCGGUCACCGGCAUCAAGGAUCAAGGCAAAUGUGGGAGUUGCUGGGCCUUCUCGACUGUGGUUUCAGUAGAGGGGAUAAACCAGAUUAAAACUAAUAAACUCGUAUCCUUAUCGGAGCAAGAACUUGUCGAUUGUGACACUAACACUAAUAAAGGAUGCAACGGAGGUCUAAUGGGUGAUGCAUUCAACUUCAUCAAAACAAAUGGUGGAAUAACCACCGAGGAAGCUUACCCUUACGCUGCUAAACAAAACAAAUGUAACCUUCAAAAGGAAAAUUCUCACAUUGUUGUGAUCGAUGGGCAUGAGGAUGUUCCCAUCAACGAUGAGGAAGCUUUGAUGAAAGCUGUGGCAAAUCAACCUGUAUCAGUUGCUAUAGAAGCAGGGGGUGGCAAAGAGUUCCAGUUCUACUCUCAAGGUGUCUUUGCAGGGAAUUGCGGAACCAAUUUAGACCAUGGAGUUGCUAUCGUAGGGUAUGGAACAACUCCCGAUGGGACGAAGUAUUGGAUAGUGAAGAACUCAUGGGGAAUAGAGUGGGGUGAGCAAGGGUAUAUAAGGAUGAAUAGAGGGAUCUCAGCAAAGGAGGGGUUAUGUGGCAUUGCCAUGCGAGCAUCUUAUCCUACAAAGACAUCUCCCAACCCAAUUUAA